GACGCUUGGAUCUAUUGCUACGCGCCAGCACGGAAAAUAGUUGAAAGGUUACCCCGGGAUGCAACUCUCAGCUAUUCGUUAAACACGGAACUGGAGAACUUCCAGGUAGAAACCGGGGAAUCACAUAUCGGUGCCGUUGUGCUAAACGCGAAAGGCGAGCCUCGCGUUUCCUUCAAAUGCAUGCACUUCCCCUGGGCCGUUUGUCGUUACGGUUACGUGUAUUACGGGGCUACGCCGAACGAAGAAUUCCGUGAAAAAGUGACCGUUCUCGAGCGACCUUUAGACUGCAUGUGCAAUGCAUCCUCGGAUGAAGAUUAACUUUGACACGUUAUUUCUCGGUUAGAUAUUUUUUUGUUAAUUACUGUGUUUAACGGAGUCCAGGCAAGCGUGCAGACGUUCGCUUCGUCGCCGUCCGUCUCUUUGAGGCACAGGGAAUAAAACGGGAAAUUUAAUGGUUAACGAAAGCCACAUCUCCAUUGCCAGACUCUAAACACUGGAAGGCGCUUAAAUCGCCUCCAAAACUGCCUAUAGCAAAUUAAAUGCGAUAUUUGUUCACUGUUCCAGCCAUCGUUGCUAGUAAGGCCGGGAACGACGCCCUCACCGAAGAAGUUUGAAAUUGCUCGUACAUCCGAGCACUCCAGUUUGGUGCCAGUUAUAUUCCUCAGAACCGAGAGAACAGUGUACCAACCUGUAUUCAAAGAAUUUUCCAUUGAAAGUAACACAAGCAAGAACAAAAUAAUAUGACUGAAAAAGGAAGAGAAUGAGCCAGCGCACGGUUAUCCUUACCGACAUCUUUAUACCCUGUGAAACACGCUUUGGCCCCUCUGAGAUCUCUCAAGCUUCUGAACCAUGAAUCCUGUUUGACGAUCGCUGCGAUCCGGUUGAACUCGUUAUUCUUCUUGGGUAUCGCUUGUACCAGCGACUUCAGCCCCAUUCUGAAACGGUACUUCAGAUAAUGUGAAGGUCACCGCUUUCUCAUGAUAUAGUGGGCUCCACGCCGUAAACGAAGGAGGCUUCUCUGAGCCACCGGCACUUUCGAUCCUCCAAAUUCGACGUGACGCACCAUUGCACUCUUCUCGACGGACGGCAGUUCGCGCGAUUGUUAGCGCUCAUGAAACCAGGAACUGCAAUUGAUAUAUAUAUAAAGACUGUAGAAGAGAUCAUCGUAGUAUAUUCUUAGCAACGCUGGCUGUAUUUUCUUAUUCUUCAAAUUCAAGAGAAAACAGAACAAUACUGAAGUUCCUAGAUUUCUACGUCACUUAAUUACAUUUUACUAAGUAGUCUUCCGGCGUUUCUAGGGUGUCCAUGCUCACCGGCGUCGGGUGGAAGUUCUCCAACAAAUCACGCAUAAUCCAACUCGACUCCUGCUGCUCGAACGAGCUCAUCAUCUUCUCGACUUUCUCGGCCACCUCCCUGGAAGAACGCGCUAAUUGCAGAAAUUCGAACAAUCAAACUUCAACAACCUGUUACUCAACUUCUGUACUGACACUUUGGCGACGAUGACCGGCCAUGGUCUGGUGAUCCACACGCACGGUUUGUCGAUCUUCAUGGGCCUCGUGGUCCCAUCCGGGCAAAGAUAAUUGAAAUUUUCUUUGCUGAUCUGCUCAUCCUAUAUCAUCACACAAUGUCACUGAUCCGUAUCAAGGUUGAGCUAGUCAGAAUGAUAGAUUGUAGCUAGACAAGCGAUGAUAUGCGACCGAUGAUCUCAUUCGUUUGUCUAACUUCAGUCGAUGUCAAAUUAAUCCUGACUUUCGUCCUCCUACCUUGAAGUGCUCGAGAGUGUCGUCUAAUCGGACCCAUGCGAUGUCUCCCACGUUAUCAGUGAGACACAAUAAAGCACCCUCCCGGCCGUGAUACUUAUCACUCGAGUAACAGCCAAGAGGAUUGUCGCACGCGGCGCAGAGGUUCCGGUACUUGGAUUCUGGGCCGAAAAAAGUAGAAAAUAGAGAGUGCGACGGAAAAAGCAACACGGUGGAAGGGCACCUACUCAGCUUGCUGUCGAACGUGGUGUCAGCGGACCAAGGACCGGCGAUGCAAGCUGCUUGAAAGAAAUUGGACAGCCCGUUUAUCCUGUUCUCCAGCAGCGUCUUCUCGGGAUCACACUCUUUGCGUUAAUAUGUUGAGAAAGCAACGCAAGCAGGAAAAGUAAACCAUAGAGUCGGACGUUCAUUUUCACUGUCCAGCCGUGCAGCAUCCUAUCUUAAAGACAAAUAAUCACACGUCUCGAAUCACUUCUAUUUCGAACACUUCAUUGACUGAUCUUAACGCAACGAUCCCUUCGAUCGUUCCGAACCCGAGAGUUGAUUGUUUGGAGAAGGGAAUAACAGUAAUCCAGAUUUCGGUAAACAGUUAUCGUUCCAUCCUACCCGCAAGAUCAAUGUUUCCCCGAAGCUGUUAAUCACCGUUAAAGAAUGGAUACGAUCAAUCUCGUUCGAGAGAGGAGACUGGGGAAUACCCCAGCCAGCGGUGGCCGUACGUUAACAUUCAUCUAUCUGUAUGUUAAUCUCGCGUGAGGAAAAACGAAGAAUAAUAAGAAUAAGUGUGACAGAACCGGUGGAAGAUCAGUUCGAGCCAGGGCCGCAUUAAUGAUUUCACAGGCCUCAAGCGUCGUGCAAAAAAUAUUUACUCUGAACGAGAAAAACGACCUCAGCGUGGGCAUCCUUAACCCUGGAAAGACUAUAAGAAAUGAUCUCUGAACACGAUCAUCUGUUCACUUAUUUCUCCAAGAAUUGAUUUCUUAAAGAGGCUAGUACGCAGUAACGAGUACACUUUUUCCUCGAUAUUUUAUAUGAGAGAAAUAAUGUGUUUUUAAUGUUUUCCAAUCGGAGGUUUGGGAAAUUCUACCCCCCCACUCCUUAGUCUUUGUAGGGUUAAUUCAACCGACGAUGAUACCGGCCGCUUAUUGUUUCCCUGCGAUUGUAUUUACCUUCGCACGCUCGUUUCGGUUCGGUUCAGUGUUUAAAAUAGAAAACAAGGGAACAGAAGUGACCGAGAAUUUCGAACGCGGAUGACUAGACAGAAUGAUGGGAAAUUAGUCAGCAAGUAUGCAGCGGCAUCGUGGAAAAACAAAUAUGAUCACGGUAUUCUCGAUCGAUAAUUCGGCCGGCGAUGUUUGAACAUCAGGGGGUUCCCCUGCGUCUUCUUCGACGUCCUUGCGCUCGCACAAGUUCACGAAGACUGAGCUUCAUCUGCGGCUAAAUGACCGGAAUCAUCUUGGUGGGGAUUGACUGCGCAAUAAAUGCAUGUGUGCUCGUCGACGUCCGUUCGAAACGGACUCGGGCCAUUUUUUUUUUCUUUUUUUUGAAGAACCAGAUAUUUUAGAAUGAGCCGGACAUGUCCUCGAGCGAUGCCGUGUUUCCCGUGUACGGGCAGAAAAUGUAAUUUCCAGUGCAAUCAACAUAGAACCAGUUGAGUCGUACAAUUACAGAAAGUUAAUGUUCUGGACAGAAUUUCUUUUAACAGUAAAUAUAACGAAUAUUUAUCUUAGUUGAAGAGACACUCUGUAGAGUUUCCUCGUAGUUUCCUGAUGAGUCUGUGAUAUUGGAAUUCUGGAAAAACAAUUUGAACAGAUACGAGGGGGACGACCGUAAAUCUGCUUUUCCAACCAAGGCAAAAACGUCUUGAAAUGUUAUCAACCAGUUAAUAAAUUACAUCCAAGAGAUGUGUUGGACGCAUCAGAUACACUCCCGAAACGCAACAGUUAUUCCAAUGCUCGUUAUCAUGACACACUCUUCGUUCUGACAGCGUAAACGUUGUCAAAUAACGGCGCAGCAGAGCAAGUCUUUUGCAUCAUAAUCAUCGUUUGAUAAUGGAUGUGCUGAAGGAAGCACCAGAGUGCUGAUUAUGAUUUGGAAUGGUAAUGUUUAAAGAAAUAUUUAUUCCAUAACUUUUCGAUUGUACCUGUUUUUAUUAAUAAAGAUCAGAAAAGAUGAAGCUAAAUUACAAACAGUUGCCUAUAAAGGCACAUUAUUUUUUCUUCAUGGCAGCAAUGGGUCCGAUUCUGCCAUUUUUCCCAGUCUAUGGCAAACAACUUGGAAUUUCCGCGUUAGUUAUGGGUAGCAUCACAGCCGUUCUACCAAUUUUGUUUUUGAUUGCCAAACCAGCCUUUGGAUUUUUGGUGGAUUAUUUCGAUUCUCGGAGAAAAACAAUCUUUGUAAUAUUAUUGGCAGGAACAAGCAUAUCUUUUAUUUGCAUGUACUUUCUACCUCCCCUGCCAGGACCAGUCUUGCCGAACCAUAUAUUUCAAAAUGUAUCCUGUGCAUCAUUAACACAUUGCUCAUUAGAGGACAUUUCAAGACCAGGUUUAUGCAUGGAAGCAAAGAAUACACUGUGCCAUUGGACUUGUCCUGAUAACAAUUUUUCUGUGCCAAUACAGUUCAAAGCAGUUGAAGGAGGAGCAAGUUUUAGUGACAAUACCUCAUGUUUACUUGACAUGGAAAGUACUUUAUAUUGUAAUAAUAAUACUUGUAAUGUUACCUGUGAUAAUUUUAAUGACAAGGAUUGUCUUUAUACAUCUCUAACAUUCUGGGGCUUUGUUCUUUUAAUGUCCCUUGGAAAUAUUGGCUUUAAUGUAUGCAACAGUAUAAGUGAUGCAAUUUGUUUUGAUAUUCUAGGAGAGGGUGGUCAAAUGGGAUAUGGUAGGCAGCGUGUAUGGGGAACAAUAGGGUUCGGAAUUUCCGCCUUUUUGGCUGGUUAUGCAGUAGAUUAUUGGUCAGAAGGAAGCAUCAUCAAAAUUUAUACACCUGCAUUUUUAUUAAUCUUUAUCUUUUCCUUUAUUGAUAUACUGUGCUGUAGGAAAUUGAAACUACCAGUUAUGGCAGGUUCAGGAAAUAUAUUAAAAGAUGUUUUUCAGCUUCUAAAGUAUAAACCUAUAAUUAUAUUUCUCUGUUUUGCAACAAUUGCCGGUAUUCUAGACAGCUUCAUAAUUUACUUUCUAUUUUGGUAUUUAGAAGAUUUAGCACUGGUGACUGGAUAUAUGGAUAAAGGAAUUAAAUUAAUAGAAGGAUUAAUUGUUGCUGCAGAAACUUUGGGUAGUGAAGUAGUCUUCUUUCCCCUAUCUGGUAAAAUUCUAAAGAAGUUAGGAUUUGGAUAUACAUUUACAUUCUGUUUCGUAUGUUACUCUUUACGAUUGGGCUUAAUAUCACUUGCACCUAAUCCAUGGUUAGUAAUUCCGAUAGAAUUAUUUAUGCAAGGACCUACUUAUGCUCUUUGUUACACAUCAAUAGUGGCUUAUGCAAGUAAAGUCGCACCACCUGGUACAUCAGCUACUGUUCAGGGUAUUGUAGCUGGCAUGGAUGAUGGUUUUGGAUUCGCUAUCGGUAGUUUAAUAGGUGGAAUUUUAUAUAAAUUAUUCGGAGGUGUUACAACAUUACGGUUAUUCUCGUCACUUGCCGCUGUGACUGCAUUAACAUACCUCAUUCUACAUCUAGUGUACUUAAAACAUACAAUGCCAGAUACAAAGAGUACUGUAGAGUGGAAAUCACCUCAGGAAGCAAAAGAUACGUGUGUUGUUGCAGGAACAUAGUUUUAUAAAUUUUAUAAACCAAAACUUAUUUCUAAAGGAAAUGAAACUUUUUAUACAUGAUGCAGUAACUAUCAUACUGUGAUUUGUUAGUGGUUAGUUACUAUAUGCAUAUUGUAAUAUGUUAGUCAAAAAGUCAUGUUGUAUUGUUAAAAGAAAGUUUAAAAGACAAAAUCAACAUUUGAUACAUCACAAUAUACAUAGGAAGAAAGACAAAACUUUUUGGCUAACCUGGUAUUACUUACAUAUUUAUAUAAGUAUACAUAAAGAUAAGACAGAAAAUAUUUUACAAAUUUGAACAUACCAGUGAAUAAAAUAAAUAACACAAAAGUGUGGAACGCAUAUUUUUGUGAUGAAAAUAAUAUUUUUUAAUGUGAGAAAGUG